AGUGAUGCGGCAUCUGAUUGGAUGACGGGUUUGUAUCAAAGUGAAAAUAUGUGCCUCUAGCUCUUUACUGUUGCCAGGGCGUCAAUGGCGGAACUCCGCGGCAGAAGUUAAUAUGACACAAGACAGGAUCGCAUAAGAGGCCAACAAGGAUGUCAAUAGAGGCAGAGGCGUUGCUGCAGGAGGCGAAGGAGAGCAUCGAGGCAGCCCAGAACUACAGAAGCGAACUACAGCAGAGGCUGCAUGGACUCAGCCAGGCACGCAAACAGGUGCGAGGCAGUGCCAGUCAGACACGUGAGGCUCUGCAGCGGCACUUCCAGGAGCUGCAGACGGCAGUGAGUCGACUGCUGACUGAGAGGCUGAACGCUCUGCUGCAGGAAGUCGACAACAUCGAGCUGGACAGUGUCAGCCCCUUAGAUGACUGUCAGAAGCUCAUUGAGAGUGGAGUCAGCACAGCUGAUGAGCUGCUCCGAGAGGGGGAGGCUGCCAUCCGCUGUGGUAUAAAUGAGAAGGAGGACAAGCUGGGCAGCUUCACUAAGAAAGCCCUGCAGAUCCAGUUGGACAGUCUGCCCGAGGUACCUGUUCUGGUGGACGUGCCGUGUCUGUCUGCGCAGCUGGACGACUCUCUGCUGCAUAUGUUCCGUUCACAUGUGGCUCGGCACGGCAGCGUGGCGUCUCAUCCGCCCGUCCAGAUCGAGGAGCUGGUGGAGAGGCCAGGCGGCGUGCUGGUGCGCUGGUGUAAGGUGGACGAUGACUUUACCCCUCAGGACUACCGGUUGCAAUACCGUCGUGGUAACUCUUCACAGUAUGAGGACGCAUACAUCGGGAAAGACCAUGAGUUCCUGGUGCUCCAUCUCGACCCGCAUAUCGACCACCUGUUCCGUGUGUGCGCCAGAGGAGAGGGUCGAACCGAAUGGAGCCCGUGGAGCAUCCCGCAGACUGGUUACACCACACUCGCACCCCACGAAUGGACUCCAGGCGUGGAUGGUUACAUUUUAAGUAGUAGGAAGAACAUCGCCAUGCGAAGUGACUCAUCAGCUGGUCAUGGAGGCGUGCUCUACUCCAACUCCUCCACAUACUUCUGUGGCCAGACCCUUACCUUCAAGAUCACAGCUGCUGGACAGACAGAUAAGCGUGACAGUUUGGGUGUGUGUGCGGACAGCAGAACUGACACAGACUCGCUGCAGAGGGAUCAGGCUGUCUGCAUCUCCACUAAUGGUGCUGUGUUUGUGAACGGAAAGGAGAUGACCAACCAGCUGCCAGCCAUCACUGUUGGCUCGUCUGUGACCUUUGACAUGGAAGUGGUCAACCUCUUUCCUGUGAGCAACAACAACAAUCCUAGCGACGGUGGAAACUUCAAGCUGAGGGUGACGAUUGGCUCAGGGAACAGGGAAGUGGUGUUUGAUUGGCUGCUGGAUCAGGUGGUAGACAGCCUUUUCUUUGGCUGCUCCUUCACGCACCCUGGAUGGAAAGUGCUGGUGUUUUGAUUGUUGCAUGAUGAAAUAUCCAGUCUGCUGGAAUUCAAAACCUCAAGUUCCUUUAAUUUGAUCAAACUUUCCAAGUGCUUAGUGUUCAGAUGUCACAAUUUGCCAUUUUUUUUUCCUUAUUAUUAUUAUUAUUAUUAUUAUAUCAGUAACAGAUAUCACUGUAGAAUAACAUUAAACUUUCUCUGUUUUGAGGUUAGACGCCAACCACUACUCUUUGACCUCAUUACCGGUGGACAGGUGUUGCGAUCGUUGCAUAGCAGUACAUACAAAAGAGACUGUUACAUGUUAGAGGAGUCUAAUAAAGUCUUUGCCUGCAGGUGUUAAGUUGCAAAGCAUGUUGGUCUGGUUUACCACAGAAAAAAAAAGAUCUACUGUGAAGCCUUCAGAGAUCAAAGGCACUCAAAACUGCUCAAAAAUGUGCAAAAGAAAAGUUCUUCAAAGAUAAAUCUUUUAUGCUCUUGACAAUCUUUCUGUAUCUGAGUUUUCUCGAGUCAGAAGUGGAGAAUGUAUCUGUGGAAGAACAUGUAGCCUGUUUAAACAAGCUGGAUGUUGUUUUAUAUAGGACACAGUAACAUUGAGAGAAGACGUACCUAACAACUAGUAUUUAAUUCUUGUUUGCCUGGUACUCAUUGUUCUCGUUUAGAAAGUACUGUUUUUAAAACCACCUGUUCAGCUUCAUUGACAUACUGAUAAGUAAAUAUCAAUACAAUGUUUCCACAGAAAUGUGAUCGUUCGCACUAAGCUUAAGUGUUGUGCCAUUUUAUGAUGAACUGGGUUUUUUUGACUUACUGUACCAUUUCAUGUUUUCAUUACCUGGCUUAUCUUAUGGUAACGUUUAUAAUGUAUUGGUUGGAGAUUUUAGCGAAAAAGCAUAUUUCACGCAACAAAAUGAGGGGCCAAGCACCCAAAUCACAUGUUUCUGAGGUAGAAGAACAUCAUUUACAAGGUACUAUGUAAUUCCUCACUGCAGAAGAGAGCAUUUGUAAGCCAACGAGGAUACACCCAUGAGAUAUCUGAUACUAUAUUUAUAAGACUGUGACCAUUUAAUGUAUAUUUACCUCAUUUUGCCUGUGCCUUCUCAAUAUAAAUGUAAGAAUACAACUGAACAUUUGCAAUUGAAUAAACAGUUCGGAACAUUUAAAACAAA